CCGCAGACGACAGUUUCUCUCCUACUUGCUGGCCUCCUCUGUUUCUCUGUCUUUCUUUCCGUCUCUCUCUCUCUCUCUCUGUAUUAUUGCAGACAUUUUCCUGUAGUUUUAUGGGUGGCAAACCCCAAGCUCUUCUCUACUCGUCGUCUCUCACUGCGAUCUAUCAAGGCAAAAAGCCUUGUCUGGGUUACUGUUCUUCAUCACCUUCUUCCUUUCUAUUUACCCUGUUUCUACCAACCAAGUAAUGCAGUUGAGCUUUUCUCUCAUUAGAACUUAGAAGAAGAGAUAAUCCACACAAUAACCCAGUCAAAUCCUGCACUACCAUUUCAUCCAAACCUUCUAAUAUCUUCUUUAUACCACAAAAAAGGACAUCACAAGGAAAGGGAAGAUCAACAAAAUAAAGCGGAAGAAAACUAAGGGAAAGCCUGUAUGGAUUUUCUCUCCUGCUAUUCCUCUCUGACCCUGAGCUUUUUCCUGUUAUUAAUCUUCAGAGGGGUUUCAGGGACCACAUUCACUUUUGUGAACAAGUGCGACUACACAAUUUGGCCAGGAAUCCUUGCCAAUGCGGGCAGCCCGAGAUUAGAUAGUACUGGUUUCGAGCUUACACAGGGCAGUUCUCGUUCCUUUCAGGCUCCAACAGGCUGGUCUGGCAGAUUCUGGGGCAGAACAGGCUGCAACUUUGACGGAUCUGGUCAGGGCAGCUGUGCAACCGGCGACUGUGGGUCGGGCCAGAUAGAAUGCAAAGGUGCAGGUGCGGCCCCGCCGGCGACGUUGGCCGAGUUUACGCUUGGCUCUGGUAGUCAGGACUUCUACGACGUUAGCCUGGUUGAUGGGUACAACCUACCUAUGAUCGUUGAAGGGACCGGAGGACAGGGGACGUGUGCAUCCACCGGGUGCGUGACCGAUUUGAAUCAACGGUGUCCGACCGAGUUGAGGGUUGGAGAAGGCGAGGCAUGUAAGAGUGCUUGUGAGGCUUUUGGGACCCCAGAGUACUGCUGCAGUGGUGAGUUCAAUACGCCUGCGACAUGUCGGCCGUCGGUAUAUUCUGAGAUGUUCAAGUCGGCGUGUCCGAAAUCGUAUAGUUACGCGUAUGACGACGCUACUAGUACGUUUACAUGUACGGGAGCAGAUUAUACCAUUACAUUCUGCCCUUCUUCUUUGACAAGCCAGAAAUCUUCUAGAGAUUGGACGCCAAGAACGGCAGGGACAACAGAUGGGUCAGGAGCUGGAGCAGGGGCAGGGGCAGGAGCAGAGGCGGGAUCAGGGGCGGGAGCGGGGGCGAUGUUGGCCGACGACUCAUGGUUAGCAGCCUUAGCCACCGGAGGCUCAACCAGGACUCGUUCUUCUGCAUUCCAACAAACGUUGAUCACUGCUGCAACCACUGGCAUAUUCAUUCUCUCUUUCCUCAUCUACUUGUUAUAGACUUGUAGUUUCUCUGGGAGGACACCAUUCUCGCUUCUGAGUUCGAGACAGUGCUCACUGAAACGACCGACAUUUACAGCUCUGUUGGGUUGUGUACUGGGGCAAUGGACUACUGGGCUUAGGAAGGAAAACCGACAAAAUCCAGAUUGUAAAUCAUCCAUUUUGAGAUUCCAAAUGUUACAUAUCUCUCUCUCUCUCUCUCUCUCUCUCUGAGUUUAACUUGUUUGGAAAUUAUGAAGUGUUUUUAUUUUCCAAGUCUAAAGAGUCUGUAAAUGUGGUGUUUUUAUUUUCCAAGUCUAAAGAGUCUGUAAAUGUGGAACCCAAGCAAUAAACAAGGAAAGGAGAGUUCUUUGGUUUAAUAAAAAA